AGGUGCAGGAUGCUAGCUCUUGAGGACUUCGGCACUGAAUACUAUCAGAUAAAUAUCCUUAUGUUUUUGAUAAAUAAUGAAAACGUUUUUUGUUUUAGAAUGAGUGGCUCGCCCCGUCUUGCUUCUUUAAAAUGCUGACAGCGUGACUUGCCAAUAUGAGCACGCCUCUCAAACAGUGGGUUGUGGGACGGAGGCUCUCAUUUGAAACAUUUCUUUCCACAGAAAAUGGUUGUAAAUUUAGCGACUGGAGAGGUUAACCAUUUCUGCCCUCACCCAUAGCAGAAUUGCGCAAAAUGAAGCCUUGCGUUCAUAUUCAUUUUUGUUUCGCGGUGUAUUUCGAUUUGGUCUUUUCGAAGGAUGCACCGGCCCUUGGGUCUAAAAAUAGCCCGAGGCUUUUGAUACCAGGUAUUAUCAGUGAUCAGUAUAAAUAUGAAGUUAAUCAGACCAGUAGUGUGUUCUCAUACCGGGAGGAAGAACAGGAGCUUUUUGUCGGAGGCACAGACUUUGUUGUAAAACUUAAUGCAAAUAACUAUAGCGUCAUAGAGAAAUUUCCAAUAAAAACAACUGGACACCAUAAGUGCUUUAACCGUCCCUGUAGAAAUGUAAUCACCGUCAUUGAGAAGUUUCAGGACAACAUGUUUGUGUGUGGAACCAAUGGACACAAACCCAAGUGCUGGAAACUCUUCCCUUCUGUGAAGAAUCAAACCUAUGAGAUAGUGGAGAGUUGUGAGGGAGCAGGCAUCUCCCCGUUGGUCUACACGCACAACUGUUUGUCGCUCACAGUUGAUGGGGAUUUAUACGCAGCAGCGCCUUUGGACAUUGAGGGAAACUCUUUGCAGUUCAGGAGAAAAGCUGGCAAGCGGACUAAAGUCUGGAUGUACGACAGAUGGUUAUCAGAGCCUACAUUCAUAUCAGCAUCCUGGGUGAAGCGUAGCGAAGAUCCGGACAAUGAGAAAAUCUACAUCUUCUUCCGCGAAAAGAACUCUGACCACAGCCCAGACGCCGAUCCCUGGAUUUCUAGGGUGGCCAGAGUUUGCAAGACCGAUGAAGGUGGAUCAAAAAGUUUCUUCCAGAACAUGUGGACAACUUUCCUAAAGGCUCGUCUCGUCUGUGGGUUUCCUGAUGAGUCACUGUAUUUCAAUCGUCUCCAGGACAUCUAUGUGAUGCACGCCGAUGACUGGCGCCAAACCAGAGUCUUCGCACUUUUCACAAGCAGCUGGAACUCAACUGCGGUUUGCAUCUAUUCAAUAGAAAUGAUAGAAAAGAUAUUUGAAAACUCAACUUUCAAAGGCUAUGCUAAAGAAAUCCCUACACCAAGGCCUGGAACUUGCGUCUCAAACAGCAAAAGCCUGCCGCGGGCCACAGUGAACGUAGUGAAGGAUCAUCCCGAAAUGGUUGACUGGGUGCAUUCCCUUCAUUCAAAAGCUCCUUUUUAUGUAAGCAACUAUAAUUACACCAAAAUAGUCGUUGAUCGGGUUCAAGGAGCAGACCAGCAAGUGUACAACGUUUUGCUCCUUGCUACUGAUACCGGCAAAAUCCAUAAAGUCCUAGAGGCUGGUUCAGAGCCUUUCAUCAUAUUGGAAACGCAGAUCUCCAAAAUUUCUUCUAUACAGGCAAUGACACUUGACUCUCAAAAGAAAAAGUUAGUGGUGGGUUUCUCUGACAAAAUAUCUACAGUGGACCUUCAAAAGUGCGAAGAGUACAAUGCGUCUUGUGCUGACUGUGUCCUGGCACGGGACCCUUACUGUGCAUGGACCACAUCUGGAUGCACCCCUUCUAACCUUGGGGGAAUUCAGAAUAUAAAGGAUGGACAUACAAGUGUUUGUUAUACACCAGCAAAUGAGUCACGGGGACUGACCAGGUCCAAAAGGCAGAUACGUUCACCAGAGAGUUCAGGGACAGUCCACUCAGUCCCCGAAGGGGUCCCUUUCUAUCUGUCCUGUCCUAUAGAGUCUUAUCAUGCAAAGUACACCUGGAAGCAUGGAAGUCACGACAGACCUUGCCUGCAAAUGCUUUCUAACUGUCUGCACCUUAUUCCUUCAAUGGGACCAGAGAACUAUGGGGAAUAUGAAUGCGUCUCCACAGAGAAGGAGUACAACAAAAGUUUGAAAAAAUACCUUCUUAAGCAGCAGUAUGAAAAGCAAGAUGGCAGGUCUGCUGAUUAUAAACCGAAUGAUGCACCAGUCCUUGCUCCUGAGCUGUUGUGGAUUAUACUCUACACUGCAGUGGUGUGGGAAAUUCUGAGAUAGUUUCUGCUAACAGACUGGGAUUUGAUAUCAGUUUUCUCAAAAAAUGGCAGACUGUACUAUAGAACUGAAAUUAGGGACAGUCAAGAUGCAUUGGCGAUGUGAUUUAAACAUAAUGUUUUUUGUUUGUUAUAACAUCAAAUUAAGCUAAACUGAACUUUUAGAACUGUUGUGAGACUCCGCUGCGGCAUGCAUAUCAUCCUACCUUCCAUCUUGGCAGCCUUUACUAAAGAGUUCUCACUGGAAAAAAAGGGAGGUAAUCUCUGUGUCAUGUUACUGGGAGGAUGGAAAGCUUGGUAAAUAGACGGAUAAGUGAUUUGAAGUAAUGUUUUGAUGGAAGAGCAUAGCUAAAAGGCAAAGAAAAUGUAUUUCUGGCCCACUUACACGCAGAUGUGCACAUAUGGGCUAGCCACGCUACUUUUGUCGCUAUCGUGUCUAGGGAAAACUGAUGCUUUUAGCUCGCUGUGUGUUUAGCCAUUACCAAGGAAACGAGCGGAGGCAUAGCUAGAGGCACCGGAAUGAAGCUUUUUGUCAUCCAGUCUCUUUGGUAGAAAGAGAGAGACGACGAAAAACAAACGAUCAAUAUUAUCGCCCUCAUUUUAUUAUCAACCUCAUUUUAAUUUAUCAUGCGAUUAAUUCAACUGUCACCUUUUUUUUCCUCAUAUGGAGUCUGACAAAAAUAAUUAGAUUUCUGAUAAAGUGGCUGAGAUUAGCUUCCUCUGAAGUGUGGCUUGACUCAAUCUUAGAGACAAGGCGAGGACCUCCAACAUCUGGGAGAACUCAUUGUUCGGACUCGGCUCCUCCACAUCAGAAUGAAUCAGCUUAGGUGAUUCAGACGUCUGGUCAGGAGAGGCCAGCAGCCUCUCCUUGGAGGUUUUCCAUGCACAAAAGCAGCUCUGAGGCAGAACCAGCACUCCUCGAAGGCACUAAAUAUCCCUUCUAGCUUGAGAAGACUUUGGGAUAUCUGGGAAUUCUACCUGGAUUUGCUACCUCUUUGGCACAAAGGGCAAUGUAUGAAUGCAUGGUGUUGCACAUUCGCUUAAACAUGUGAAACGUUUUCCGUUUCCUUCAAAAUAAAAAGCAAAUGCUUAUUAAUAGGUUUUCUUUCACACAUUGUAAGGUCAAAGCCUUAGAAUAACCUUAAAUUAUGAAAAAACCAUGCCCAUUCUUGUAAACCUUAUUCGGGUUAAUGCUCAAAUAGAAUAUCUAGAGUUGGGCAUCAGUUGUAAGGUCUUUGAGAAUUCACUGCUAACCAAAGUACACACAGGCAAAAUUGGACAGGUAGUAGUCUUUGGUCAAACAGGAUGAAAGUUGGCAACAUUACUGCUUGGCAAGGAGACAAAAUUGUAUAGAAAAUACUGCAAUGGCUUGAAUAGGUACAGAUGAAGGAUAUUUGAUCUUUUAGGCUUUUUCCUCCAAGGAAGGAGGAAAAGAACACAGCAACAUGGUUGUUGUGAAAGUGGAAAUGCUUGAGAUGGAGGGAGUUGCUGGAAGAAAAACAUGCCUUAAAGGGUGGAGCCUAGCACAGUGUUGUUUUAUGUUUAAAACAUCAGUUGUUUUGUUGGUUCUGCGCUUGUUUUGUGGGUGAGGUCGGGAAAGAAUCUGUACAUUUCAGACCCUACAAAGUAGCUGAACAAGUAAAUCACUGUCUUCCAGCUGAGGCGCUUUCACCCUGAUGGACUAGCUGAGUUCAGUAGAAUUUAAGCCCCUGCAGCUAAGGCAAAUUUUUUUUGCUUACUUUGAGCUGGAACACGUAGUGAUGAAGGAAGAAAACGGCACACCCAGACAGUAUUUCAUUGAAGUGAGAGAAAUAAAAGGAAGUUGCAGGAGGCAUUUAUUUCCAUUUAUGGUUCCUUUUUUUUUACCGUCUCUGUUAUGCUUCUAGAACAGAAUAUUUUCACUGUGAUCAUUAGCUGCAAAAACCACACAAGUUGGAAUUGUUUAUCUGCACUUUUUGGUCUUGUGUGUGCCAUUAAAGCAAAUAAAAUAUGAAGUUUCUUUGCCAAGGAAGGCAGAGCUCCUCCUGAGCAUGGCUCUUUCCUUGGCACGGAUAAGAGUAUAUCUGUAUUAGAUGGUUUGAGAAGGGGUGGAGUAAUUAAGGGAAGUUAAGUUAUUUAACUUGCUUUAAUGAUUCCUUUCAGUGGUCAGUGAGAAAUCUGCAGUCAAGAGAGAAAAUAAAACGGCUGUAGGUCACAUGAAGCACAUUGUUAACUGAAACUUACUUUUUCCUAGCAUGAACCUAAUAUUGCACUAUAUUAGUGUUUCUUAAAACUAUAUUUUUCUUAAAUUUUUUGCUUAAAAAGGCAAUACAACUGAAACUCUGGGAAAACUAAAUUUGUAAGCUGAAUUUUCAGAGCAAAUGUGUUCUCAGGAUAACACCGGAAAAAGAAGUUGUUCAGCAGUUAAUGACUCUGGACAAAACAAAGGAGAUGAUCAUUGACAUGAAGAGGUUGUGACCCGAGUCCACACUACUUGGCAUCAACUCCUCCAGCAGCAAUAUGGCAGACGAGAAUCCUCUGUGGAAACUAAUGAAGGGAGCUAAAAGGACUGCUGUAGUGUCCGUUUGCCUGUGUGCAGGAUCGCCUUGCAGCAACAGAACAUUGAACAUCGUCAGAGAUUCCUCCCACCAUCUAUUUGAUGUUUUCCUUUUGUUUUUUGUUUUUUUUUAACUGCUGCCAGGCAAACGGUACCACAGCAUCAACAGAAACCCCCUGACUGCUGCAUAGUUUUCUGCCUCUAGUUGUUAAAAGGUUGAAACUUUUAACAAAAGUUGAUCUGACUUUCCUGCUGUUUUGAUUAAGCACUUUACAUGAUUCCAUUUAUUUUAUGUCUUAUCUGCUUUGUUUCUAUCUGUGUUCUGUUUGUAUUUGAUAUUUGACUAGAAUUAUCAUCUAGGCUAACUUCAGCGAGAAAUGUGUUUGUGGGGACUCCCUCAGCCAGAGAAAUGUACGGAUGGGAACUCUGGACAAGUUGUAGCCACAACACUGGUCACAUGUGGCCUAAGGUCCAGAAUUGGGUGAGCAUGGAAAUUGUAGACCAUGGCAAUAAACUGACUUGAUUUUGGUCCCUCAAACAUUCAUUAGAGUGCAUUAACCUGUCACAUUCCAAAGAGAAUAUUGUUAACUUGCAGGUCAUUGGUGACCCAUAAGAAACAUUCAUAAAUUAACGUGAAUGGCAUGAUGAAUGUCUCCAACAACAGAAUGCUAAUAUUUUUUUGCCUGAGCCAGGUUUUUGAUAUGUGGCCUUUGACUUUAAAAAAAAACUUAGUACUCACCAGAUUUAAUAAAACAUAAUUUCUGAGAUGUG